AAACUCAUGUUUGCAAUUUGGAGGAAAAAAAAAAUCCGGAACAUAAACACAUCCGGUUCCCUGAUAGCCCUAACUGACCAAUCAGAGCCUGUUCUGUGUGUACGGCUGAGAAAUGUGUCCGGGUUGAUUACACGUUUCAAUGAUGUGCCACUCAUGUGGUUGCGCUGGUGGAGGCUGAAAGCAAGAUAAAUUGACAACUGUUCGAAGUAACGCUAACGGUCUUGCAGACUACUCAUUUCCAGUAUUAAGCUGCUAAUUUUGAAGAAGCUUUACCUUCGAUUCGUAAUGAAAUUAGACAAGGGCGAGGGUCGUUAGAACAGAUUUAUGAAGUUGCUGACCAAGUUGAUUAUCCGGCUGUCCUGUCCAGCGACUGUUUACUUCAACUGCCAUUAGCAACACGUUCUCUGUGCUGCUUAUGUUCUAGCAGAGAAUAAUUUGAGAACAGUUUAAAAGAAUGAGUUUGUUGCCACGCACUACAGAGGAGCUUAGCUCGGCGGACUACUGGGAGCGUUUUUUUCGCAAACGUGGAGACAAGGCAUUCGAGUGGUAUGGCGACUAUCAUUCUCUCUGUGGAGUGCUUCACAAAUACAUCAAACCCCGUGAUCAGGUGCUGGUGGUGGGCUGUGGCAACUCAGAACUGAGUGAACAGCUCUAUGAUGUGGGCUAUCAGCAGCUCACCAACAUUGACACCAGCGAGACGGUGGUGUCAAACAUGAACCAACGCAAUGCUGAACGCCGACCCGGCCUGACUUUCCAAUUAAUAGAUGCCACUCAAACAGGAUUUGAGGAUGGCAGCUACCAGGUGGCGCUAGAUAAAAGCACCCUCGAUGCCAUGGCCUCUGAAGAGGAAGGUGCACUGGCCAAAAGGAUGUUGACAGAAGUUAGUAGGGUGAUGGCGGUUGGCGGCCGUUAUGUCUGUGUUACUCUGGCCCAGGAGCACGUGGUGCGUCUAGCUGUGGAACACUUCUCCAGUGCAGGCUGGGCCAUACGGCUCCACUGCAUGACCAAGGAGGAGGACCAGGACUCAGACUCCACCACAUUUGCCCUGCCAGUCUUCGUUCUUGUCUGCACCAAGUUUCGGCAGCCCCCCCCUUUCCUGGUGCUGGAGAUGUGCUUGGGGGAGGAUGGUGCCCCUAAAAGACUUUCAUCUGUGCCUGAGCUUCUGGCUGCAGUAAAAGAGAGGCAGGCUUAUGCCCUCUUACGGCAGAAGCUCCAUGGAGGUACAGACUCAGCCAGCAGCCCCUCUCUCACUCUGUGCCACACAGCCACAGGCUUGCCUCGGUACACCCUCACCGUGAAGGACAGCCCACCCAAUGCCAAAGUGCCACGUCUCAAUCAUUUCGCAAUCUUUAUAGUGCCACAAGGUCGUGAGUCUGACUGGCUGUAUGGGUCUGCUGAGGGCCGUGUACAGUUAGCGUCCAGUGCCAACUUCAGACGCCUGGUUAUUGUGUCUAUGCACCGAGACCAGGAGUAUCAGGACAUGCAGGCUAUCCAAGCAGAGCUCUCGCCAAUGGUGAUGGAACUUGCUCCUCCAGGAAUGCCAGCCAAUCAGCAGGUGCCCUUCCUCUCUGUGGGAGGGGAUCUGGGUUGGAGGAAGGUGGUGGGGAAGGGGGUCAGUGAGCUCACGGGGGAAUUCUCUGUGGAGGACGUCAGAGGGGAGGACGGCCAUCUCUACCGCCGACUGAUCUUCCUGAAGAACGACCAGCUGGUGCAGUCUGAGAGUCGUCUCAGCACACCACCAAAAGCAUCUGCGGCCCGCAAGAAGAAGAAUAAGAAAAAAUCAUGUCCUGCACCUUCCGAAGCCACUCCCAGAGCUCCAGCUUCUGAUCCUUCUAGUCCCUCAUCUGUAGAUCACAGUGUCCUAUGCUGCACUCAUCAUGAGGUCAUGGUCGCUGGCUUAGCCAUGUUGGGGUUGAACACAAGUGCCAACAAAGAGCAACCAAUAUCUGUGCUGCUGGUGGGACUGGGAGGCGGAGGGCUGGCCCAGUUUGUGCACGACUUUGUCCCAUCGUCGCAAAUGGAUGUGGUCGAGCUGGACCCUGCUGUACUCGACUUGGCUCAAACCUGGUUCGGGUUCCAGCCAAAUGACAGACUUAAGGUCACACUGGCUGACGGACUGGCCCACAUAACCUCUCUGGAGAUCCAGGGUGGGCAUUCUUAUGAUGUCAUCAUGUUUGACGUUGACAGCAAAGACCCCAGCCUGGGAAUGAGCUGCCCUCCGCCUGCCUUUGUAGAAAAAGCCCUACUGGAAAAAGUGUUCUGCCUGUUAAGUUCACGAGGUGUGUUCAUGUUAAAUCUGGUGUGCCGAGACACUUCCUUACGGCAGAAGGUGAUGGAGUCUGUGCGAGAGGUCUUCCCCCGGGUGUACUCCCGCUCUAUCGAGGGUGAGGUGAACGAUGUGCUCUUCUGCUUGAGAGAGGCAGGCAAAAGCAAAGAUACUGGUGUCCCUGAAGAGCUGAAAAAGGCAGCUAAGAGCCUACAGGGGGCGAUACGAGCACACAGCCAGGGAGGACCCGGCAGCCCACACAUUGAUAUCGCUGCAAUGUUGGAGGAUCUUAGAAUAGCAUAAAAU